AUGGAACGCAAUACCAGAUUAAAAAAACUGGUUAAAAAGUUAGCUAUGGCUCGACAACGUGAAAAAGAAAACGUUAAUUGGAAUAACUUUAUAAAUAUGCUUAAAAAUAAACAUGGAACUAAUAAUUCAAAAUAUUCAUGUUCAAUAUAUGAUGAUGUACGGGAAAAUAUAACACCAGAAAUAAUUAACGAUUUCUAUAAUACCAAAUUUUCAUUUAACAAGCAAUCUAGACUUUGUGAAAAAUUGUUGGAAGACUUCUAUGACUCAAAUGAUACAUCGCAGCCUAAUUCUACAUAUGGUAGACAAUUGAAUGAUAGCAAGAAAAUACAGCAUUCGAAAAAUUAUAAGUUUGUUAAGUAUGGAGAGAAUUUAUACUGUUAUCCCACAUCUUCGUUAGGUAGAUUAAUUAUGAUGGAUAAUGAACAGCGAAGGAAGCAACACUUAAAUAACUGGGGAAAACAUGUAAGCGAUAGAAAUUUAUAUGUAUAUGGUGGAGAUCGAGAUAGUUAUUUUAAUAAAAAAAAGUUUAAAUUUAAAACUAAUUUUAAAAGGACUUCUGCAGUCCAAACAGAUUUUAAAACAAUACCCGAUUUUAUUCAAAAUAUGUAUAAAGACAAAGCUACGAAUAACACGAGGGAGUCAGACAAAACAAAUUGGUCUCUAAAACAAGAGCCUGAUAAAGUCCUAAAACAAAAUUCAUUACAAAACAUAGAAAAUAAACUUGAAACAUUGAUUGUAUCUAUAAACACAUUUAUAGAUGAGAUUAAAGUUAAUAAAAAGUUAAUGAAGGAUAACACCCUUAGAUGUGAAAUUUCUGAAGGUAAAUCGAAAGAAAUAAAUAGUAAAAUAAACAAUAUUAGCGUUCCGACCAAAGUGGUGAAAGCAGUUCCCAGAGUAGACACAGACAGCUGCGGAACCGUAGCGAAGUCUGCCCAUAAUCCUAGUACACUGUGUACAGUAGCAAAAUUAAAUGAUAAUAUUGGUACUGCUAAAAAAAGAAUUUCUCAUUCCUACCUAGUAUCUAUCGAAGAACCAACUCGGGAUUGUUCAACUGAAAUAACGAAAUCUUUUUCAAAACACAGUGAUGGAUAUAAAAAUAACUUGAUAGAAGAAAUAAAUAUAUUGAAUCAAAAACAAUUCCCUUACCAACAAAAUAUGACGAUAGCUGUGAACACUGACCCGCUUAGUAUCUUGGCAUUAUUAAGAGUUUUUACUGAUACUUUAAAGAGCAUAAUGUCAUAUAUCCCAAAUUUGAAUUGCUAUUCAUAUCUGUCACUGCUCCCAAUCCCUCACUCUAUAAAGACAGCAGAAUCUCACUAUAUUUGUAACAUAUGUGGGGUAGACUUUAGUAAGCCUUCAGAACUAAGCGACCAUAUCCUUGAACAUAAUUUGGGAAAGACGAGAAUAGCCCUUUUAAUCAAAUUUAUUUUACAUUCCUUCAAAGUUUACUUUUUAGAGAUUGCUGUGUGUGUCGACAUAUUCUGGAUAGAGUUCGACGGCAACAAAGUCUUUUCCGUUGUAAAUAUUGCGGGCAGUGCUUUACCAGAGCUUAUUGUAGCGAGUUACAUCAGAACUCAUGCGCCAAACAAAUGGGAAGAAACGACGAUGUUUCCUCGGACUUACUAUUGU